CGGAGUGACCCGCCCCUUGCCCCGCCCAUCUCCUCAACUACUGCUGCUGUUCAGCCCCGCUACCGCUCAGCCCCGCCUCCACUGAUCCUGAUGUGGUUCCUCAGAGCAGGCCCCUCGUCCGCCGCCGUAGCCGUUGCAACAUUCCGUGCGCUCCUUCCCCCCCGCGCUGCCAUGAACACCGGCAGCUUUACGGUCUGGGAUGCCCUUAACUUCCGAGGCGGGAGCCGAGUGGAGCCCGCUGACAGCAGCGGCACCGAGGAGGCGUACGAGCCGGCCACAGGUGACUGGCUCCAGAGGGAGAAAGAACGGAAGGAAGAAAUAGCUACAUUGGAGUCUAUCAACAAUGGGAAGUCCAUCUUUGAGGCCCGAUUAGAUGUUGAGACAUGUUGGCAGUGCUUAGAGUAUUAUGCAGGCUUGGCCUGUUCCAUGGCAGGUGAGCAUAUCCAGCUGCCUCAUGGAUCGUUUGGAUAUACCAGACGGGAACCUCUUGGGGUAUGUGUUGGAAUUGGAGCGUGGAACUACCCUUUCCAGAUUGCCUGUUGGAAGUCGGCUCCUGCUUUGGCUUGUGGUAACUCCAUGGUCUUUAAGCCUUCUCCCUUCACACCAGUGUCAGCGGUGCUGCUGGCCGAAAUCUAUGCUCAGGCCGGGGUGCCUCGUGGGCUCUUCAAUGUGGUUCAGGGUGGGGCCGCCACCGGCCAGUUCCUGUGCCAGCAUCCUGAUGUGGCCAAAAUUUCUUUCACUGGCAGUGUGCCCACGGGCAAGAAGAUCAUGGAGCUGGCGUCCAAGGGAGUCAAGCCUGUCACCCUGGAGCUUGGAGGCAAAUCUCCCCUCAUCAUCUUCUCAGACUGUGACCUAGAGAAUGCUGUGAAGGGAGCCAUGAUGGCAAACUUCCUCUCUCAAGGCGAGGUUUGUUGUAAUGGCACAAGAGUAUUUGUGCAAAGGGAAAUUUUGGACAAAUUCACAGAGGAAGUAGUAAAACAAACCCAGAAUAUAAAGAUUGGGGACCCCCUUCUUGAAGACACAAGAAUGGGCCCUCUCAUUAACCAGCCACAUCUAGAGCGUGUCCUUGGGUUCAUUGAAGAGGCAAAGAAACAGGGUGCCGAGGUGCUGUGUGGCGGCGACGUGUACGUACCGGAGGACCCCAAGUUAAAGAACGGAUACUACAUGAAGCCUUGCAUCCUGGCAAAUUGCGAAGAUACCAUGACGUGUGUGAGGGAGGAGAUCUUUGGGCCAGUGAUGGCCAUUUUGCCCUUUGACACAGAGGCAGAGGUCCUUGGGAGAGCCAAUGACACGAACUUUGGACUUGCGGCCGGUGUCUUCACAAGGGACCUCCAGCGGGCUCACCGCGUGGUGGCCGAGCUCCAGGCCGGCGUGUGCUACAUCAACAACUACAACGUCAGCCCGGUGGAGCUGCCCUUUGGGGGCUACAAGAUGUCAGGGUUUGGCAGAGAGAACGGCCGCAUCACCAUGGAGUAUUAUUCACAGCUGAAGACGGUCUGCGUGGAGAUGGGCAACGUGGAGUCCGUGUUCUGAGUUGCGGACGGCGCCUGUGGACCGGCUCCUCCCCCUCCUCUUCCUCCCCCCGGCACCGCUCUCUUCGCACGAGUUAUGGCGUCUUCCACAGAUGAGCUCCACCGGCCUCAGCUUCUUUUGUCCGGCGGGAAUCCUCGUCAGCUGGGGGUGGGGGUGGCGCCGUCCGGCCUCGCUGGGCUUCUCUGACCGGCUCCGAGUUGUCCCCGGCGGCCUCUGCGCUCCCCUCGUGGUCGGCUCGGGCAGCUGAGAAGAGGAGGAGCCGUGGAGCUGCUGCGAGUCAGUGAUCGCGGGCAGCCCGUCACGACGGCCUUCUCAAAGACGUCUGUCCGUCUGCCUCUCCCGGCCUUCCCGCCGCCUGACCUCCCCUUCCACAGCCUCAUCGGACGCCUCCGGACAAAACGAACCCUUUUUGUCCUGUUAAUGCAGGAAUGAGCCCUUCACCGAAGGCCAAUAAAUCACAGCAUCCAGCCUGGGAACAUUUGGGUUGUUUGAAUUCAAAUAUAUAAAAUGAACCCAGGAACGAAGACAAAUAACAGUGUGAAUAGUUCAGGACCACCUUGAAAUCUGUUCCUUGGAAGAGAGCCCAAGGGGGGAGCCGGGAUUUUUCUGUCUCCAUUCCCGGGUUCCUCCCUCUGUGGGGUUCUGGACGUUCCUCCUUAUCGUCCAGGCACUGCUGAGGCCCAUGGAGCGGCCUCUGCUGACCUUCCUGGCCUCUGCCGAGUGGUCUUUGUUCUCAUUCUUGUUCUCGUGCUUUAUAGAAAGAGAGAGAGUAGGUGUGUGGGGGAGGAUCGCUGUCCCGUAGAAUCACACUCCUGGAAACCCAUUCAAGAGGGUUUUUUCCUAACCGCUCAUUUUCCUGUUUUUUUUCCUGUUGGUGUACAAGCCUCUGUGUGGCUUCCGUCCUGCUCCGUCUCCUAAAUGCUCAUCAUGAAAAAUAAAAUCUUCAAGCAGGUCUCAGAGCCGUAUGCGGAGGCAGACGGCUGCCCUUGGCCCAGUUUUAACCUUGUGGAAAGAGGGGAGAGAAAGCUCCGCAUCCGGGCCCCGAGAAGAGAGCGGGGAGAUGGGAUAGCUUGGAAAGGUGGGAAGCUUCAGCGUGGAAGCGGGGAAGGAAGAGGCAGUGCCCAGGCUUAGCCCAGGACUAGAUUUCCCCGUCCCUGGCAGAUACCAGCCUUCGGGGGGAUGCCAGCAUGGGUCUGGUCACCCCAGGCCAAGGCUUGGGCCACAGCUAGGGCCACCUUCCCUCUGGCUGUCCGACUCUCCCAGCUCCCUGCUGCCAACCCCUAAAACUCUUUGCUCCCCGUCCACAGGGCGAGCAUUUCAUUUUCCUCCUUAACAUGUCAGCUCUUUGAGGGCAGGGAGGGUCCCUGCUCAGAGUAAGUGCUUACUAAGGGCUUUUAUUCAUUAAAAGGGAUACCUUCCUGGGGAGGGGAGAGGGAAGGAAGAAUAGAUUUGGAAGUGAAGAAUAGAAGAUGGGAUAGAAAUGAGACGUGUGAUGGCUUGGGUCUAAGGUGUUCCUGCUUGGGAAAUUUCCUUCUACGGGCAGCACGUUUUCUGUAUUUUAUGUUCUUGACGAGUUCCCUGGAGCCCUGAGAGAUUGGGACUUGACCAGGGUCACACAGCUGGUCUGUCAGAGGUGAUAGUUCCAUUUAGAUCUUCCCAAGACUAGCUCUAUUCACUUCACGUUGCUUCUCAUGAACAAAUAUUGAUAUGGGAGACAUCCCAUGAUUGGCUUUGUAUAGUCAAUCAAUUUAGAGCCAAGAUAGGAUUAGAAGAAAUCUAGUAGAAAACAAUGUGAAAAUGAUGUGGCAUGCAAUUAUAUGACUCAAACUUGAUCUUUUUAAAGAAAUUACUAUAAGCAAAAAAUGGAUAUUGACCAAUCAUAAUUGCUUGUUUACUAUUUUUUACAGAACUUAAAAAAAUUUUUUAACAGAUGUAAAUCAAUUGCCAUAAUGUAACUAAAAGACUAAAAGAUGCCUCGACAAGGGCAGAGAUAGGACUGCCAAAGGCAGCCCUGGUUAAAUAUUUUUUUUAAAAUUGUGUAAAGAAGGAUUAUAGAAAAUUAGGAGCAAUUCCUUCGGGAUGAUUGUUAUUCAGUCUUACCAAAUUUUGUUUUUCCUCCAUAUUCAUUCUAAAAUGCUUCUUAGGAAAGAUCCUGAGGGAACCUAAGAUUGACAAUGGAAUGAGGACAAUAAACAAACAAAAAAAAAGGAAACUGCAAAA